CAAAAGGUUCCUGGUUUACCCACGCGGUGCUUUGCUAGCAAAACUAAAAAUUGAAGCUCUUUAGACCAAUCUUGUGUAUAUUACUCUUAGUGUUUUGAACGUAAUUCUGUUUACCUAUCUACUGGUUCAUUUAAACGUAAAUUGCUUAAAUGAGCAAAUGUGUUACAUUGAUACUGCACUAGGCUAAUCUCCCGGAGCAUAAACUCACUAAUCUCGACGGAGAAAGAAACUGGUGAAAGGAGGCAAAGAAGCUUGAAGAAUGAAAGAAGAGGAUGAUAUUACAGUGAAACAAGAGGAUGAUAUUACAGUGAAAGAGGAAUAUGGGAACGAGGUUGUCAAAGUGGAAAAAGGGGUAGGAGCUUUCAGAAUCAAAAAGGAGAAAGAACCUUUUGGAGUAAAAGAUGAGGAUCUCUCAAUAAAAGAGGAAGACGAGACCGAACAUCCGAUUACCACCAGAGAGAGACAUGACAAUCGUGGAUCCUCUGGGGAGCCUCAACAACCUCAUGAAGCUGAAGAGGCAGAGAAGAGUCUCUCCAGAUCAGAACACCAGAUGGACAACGCUAGCCCAUCCUCCCUCCUGGAGUCCCAGUGUCGUGCCUCUCCCGGGAUGAAGAGGUUGUCUCUGCUGCUGGUGGACUGCAAGAAAACAACGGGGCUGAGUGGAACUGUGAGAGGAGGAGAGAAGAACGGAUCAGAUUUGACACAUAAAAAAAUUGAGAAUGACACAGAAGGAAUGGAUGAGGACUCUGUGAGUGAUCUGAGUUUUGAUUCCAGCGAGGAUGAAAUGUUUUUGGAAGAAGAUCCACUUUCCGAUCAUGGCACUGACCCCAACUGGGAGCCCCCAGUGCCAACUUGUCCAUCCCCCUCUGAAGCUGGUUCAUCCUCUGGCUCCACACCUCCCGGGCCGUCUAGAGGACCGACAAAGAAGCGGAAGAGGGGAAGUGUGCCAUCCACUAACAGAGGGACAGAAUGGCGUUGGCACACCGUCCUAGAAGACGAUGUGGAGCCACCCCAACCAACCUUUAGGCCGAAAAGGAAGCCAGGACCUCAGCUAAACAUGACUGCUACGUACAGCCCCCUUCAGCUUUUUCAGCUGUUCUUCACCCAAUCUGUUGUGGAGUCGCUCGUGUCUAACACAAAUAAGUAUGGGAAGAAGAAGCAAGCAGGCAAAACGGCAGCAUGGAAGCCCAUAUCCACGGCAGACUUUUUCUGCUACCUCUCACUGGUCAUCUACAUGGGGCUGGUGAGGCUGAAAAGCCUGAGGGACUACUGGAAAACAUCAUCUCUCUACCAACUGCCUUUCCCCUCGACUGUUAUGUCCUGCAAAAGGUUUCUGGAUCUCUCACAGGCGCUUCACAUCAGUGACCCAAAGGUUGAUGAAGAGAAUGAGAAGAAGAGAGGCACAGCGAGGUUUGAUACACUGUGCAAAAUCAAACCUCUCUACCACAGCAUUGUCGGGGCCUGCAAGACGUACUUUCAGCCAGCCCAGAACGUGUCAAUCAAUGAGAGGAUGGUGGCCUCAAAGGACAGCAUUGGCCUCCAACAGUACAUGAGAAACAAACCAACCAAGUGUGGUCUCAAGCUGUUUGUGUUGGCUGACUCUGCGUGUGCCUACACGUGCAAUUUCUUGGUCUACGAGGGGAAGAACAGUUUUGGUUAUGGUAAGGAACUCAGCUAUGCCUCUGUAAUGGUGUUGUUGGAUUUUCAACUGCUCGGGAAGGGCUACAAACUGUUUGUGGAUAACUUCUACACAAGCCCUGCCCUGUUUGCAGACCUGAGGAAGCGGGGAGUGUGGGCUUGUGGCACCAUUCGUACCACCAGGGUGGGCUUCCCGAAGACGAAGGUGGACGACAUGCCUAAGCGGGCUGAGCGGGGGACCAUACGAUGGAUCCGUGAAGAUGGCCUGCUGUUUGUGAAGUGGAUGGACACCAGAGAGGUGGUGAUGUGCUCCACAAUCCACAAGUCCUUCAAUGAGGAUUACGUCAUCAGACGUGUGAAGGACAGUGCCGGGGCAUGGACCACCAAAAAUGUCCCCGUUCCAACUGCGGUAAAGGACUUCAACAAGAGCAUGGGAGGUGUGUACGUAUCAGACGCGCUGACAGGCUACUACAAUGUUCUCCAUAAGACAAUGAAAUGGUACAGGACCUUCUUCUAUCAUUUCAUUGACAUUGCUGUGGUGAAUGCAUUCAUCCUACACAAGGAAAUGGCGAAGAGCUGUGGAAAGUCCUACCUCUCACAGAAAGCCUUCAGAGAGCAGCUCAUCAAGGAGCUUGCUGGCUACAGCACCACUGCACCACGUUCUACCUACUCUACCUCUGCCCCUCCUGUCCCUUCUGCUCCUCCUGUCCCUUCUGCUCCUGCCACAAGUGUUCAUCUGCCCAAAUAUAUUUGUGCAGGCAUGGAUGUGCCUAAGGGCCAAAAGGGCUCAGCAUGGAGGCGUUGCUGUGUUGUUUGCAAGAUGAAGUCUCCCAUCACAUGCCCCGCAUGCUCAGUGACCCUCUGCUUUACAUCAGAAAGAGACUGCUAUGGCAUCUGGCAUCAGCAGCAGAAUAUUGUGUAGAGCUUUGGCAAAGUGGGGUUAUAUCCUUCCUGUUUGGCCCAGUCUCAU